AUGCAGUUGAUCCUCUUUGUGGCAUUUCUAGUAACAUAUAUUGUUAAUCUGGCAGGGAACAUCACACUCAUUGCUCUAAUCUGCAGUAGUUCCCGUCUUCAUACACCCAUGUAUUUCUUCAUUGGGAACCUAUCUUUCCUGGACCUCUGGUAUUCCUCAGUUUACACCCUGAAGAUCCUGGUGAACUGUAUCUCAGAGGAUAAAAGCAUUUCCUUCAGAGGUUGUGCUGCCCAGUUCUUCUUCUCUGCUGGUCUUGCUUAUAGUGAGUGCUACCUCCUGGCAGCCAUGGCUUAUGAUCGAUAUGUGGCCAUUGCUACUCUGCUGCUAUAUGCCACUACCAUGUCCAGAAAGCUAUGCACAGGACUAGUGGCCCUCUCAUAUCUAAGUGGUUUUAUCAAUGCCACAAUCAUCACCAGUGAAACCUUCACAUUGAGCUUCUGCAAUGGCAACAUCAUUGAUGACUUCUUUUGUGAUCUACCCCCAAUGGUGAAGCUCUCCUGUGCUGUGCCUGAAAGCUAUCCGUCUGUGCUGUACUUUAUUCUAGCCUCUAAUGUCAUUACACCUUCAGCAGUUAUCCUUGCCUCCUAUACCUUUAUUCUGGUAGCCAUUUUGAGGAUCCACUCCACUGAAAGGAGGCUGAAAGCCUUCUCUAUAUGUGCCUCCCAUCUGACAGCUGUCACUUUGUACUAUGGCUCAUCCUCCAACUACUCACGCCCUAGCUCCAGUUAUGCCUUGGAGAGGGAUAAAGUAGUAUCUGUUUUCUACACAGUGGUGAUCCCUAUGCUGAAUCCCUUGAUCUACAGCCUGAGGAACAAAGACGUGAAGAAUGCUCUGAAGAAACUAAUUAUGAAAUGGAUGGCAGUCUAA